ACAUACAGUAGUGAUUUUUUUCUCAAAUUGUUUAAAAAGUUUUAAAAAUAAUACCAUUUGUAUUUAUAUCAAAAUUAUAAACCUACGAGUAAAAUAAUUUGAAAAUUAAACCGAUUUGCCGUUGUAGGAGAAAAACUCAUAAAUACACGGCAUUAAAGACUGUCAAAGAUAAGUGAAUUUAUCCAUUUUAGUUUAUACAAGGAUCCAUCUGUCAGCCAUCAAAAUGUCAAGUUUGUAGACUUUUCUACAUAAUAAAAAGAAGUAACAGCAUAAUUAGUAGAAAAUCAACCGAUUAUGGAUAAUAACAAUCGUUCCAAUUUGGAGAACGAUAGUUCGGGUGAAACUUCUCACAAAGACGUUCCAUCUUUGACAGUAGAAUUACCUGCUGCUUCUGCUAGUGUUACUCCAAAUAUGACACAUAAUCAGCCUAAUUCUGAAACCCCUACGACAGCAACAACACAAGUGGCAGAGGAAGAUGCGAUAUCGCCACCGAAGCCGGAUUUUUCUGCACCUCCUCCAUAUGAUGUAGCAACUAAAUUACCCAGUUAUGAGGAAGUACAACGUGAAAAAACACUUCAAGGAGAAACAAUUCCUCACAUACAUCCUCAAAUUCAUGUGCCUAGUGGAAUCAGACAACAACAACCAUUAACAAUUCUUGCAAUUGACACCGAUGGAGUUGAAGGCGAUGCAUUGGCAGAAAGCCGAAUGCUUGGUACAGAUUUUAUGUUUUUCACUGCUUUCUUGGUUGCUUUCUUAUUUAAUUGGAUUGGAUUCCUAUUGUUGAUGUGCUUCUGCCACACAGUUGCCUCUCGAUAUGGAGCACUGGCAGGCUUUGGACUUUCAUUGACAAAAUGGACACUUAUUGUCAAACACUCAACUGAUUUAGCUUCCCGUGAAAAUUCCUGGUUAUGGUUCCUGAUUAUGGCAUUCGGUGUUUUAAUCUGCGUUCGCGCAAUUAUUCAAUAUUUAAAUAUUAAACGAGGCUGGAGAUUAUUGUCCGGCAGUCCUCAAGAGCAUUUUCUCUUUUUUUAUUAAAAGAAGAAAUUCUGAAGAGAAAAAUGUUUAAACGCUUUAGAGCAAAAAAAACCAGCAUUUUUACUUGAAAUUAUACUUGGUAUAUAUAAUCAACACACUUAUAGAAGAAAACAUCACUCUAUACCCGUAAAUGAUCGUUUAAUGAGGAGUGGAAAGAAUAAAAAAAACGAGCCAAAUUUGUUACAAAAGAAAAAAAAACCAAUAAUAGUUUAGAUGAGAACUUAGCAAGAUUUAUAACCACAAUGAAAAUGAAAACUCAAAUUUAAAUACGUGUAAAAUUAAUUUUUUAUUGCUCAAAAUAGCGCUUGAUAAAAACAACAACAACAAAAAAAAAUCAUAUUUCUUUUUACACUUUUUAUUAUAGCUUCAAAAAGUAUUUGUGUAAAUUGUGAUAUUAUAUCUUUUUUCCCCCCUAUUUAAAUAAUAUCGUUAUUUGUCUGAACCCGAUUUUAACGGAUUGUGUGACUUUCUUUUUAAAAUUAUAUUCUAUUUUUGCUAAAUCACAAGUUUUCAGAAAAGAAAUAAACACACACAUACACAUUGUAGUUUGUGAAACAAAAAAUCACCAUUAAUGCGGCUUCAUAUUA